GCAGGUAUAACUAACAAGCAACUUGGUAAACAACAAUAAAAUCAACUAAAAGUGAAACUUCUUACUUAAAGGCUAUACGGUCUACCUGGCGUUAUAUUAUAAACAUUCAAGUUCAAAUAAUCUGAGUCUUUGGUUUAGCACCUCAGUUGUUGUUAAACAUCGCUUAGAAUGUGUUCGGUCAAAACAUUUCGGUCGCGGAUUUAUUUUACCUUACUGAUAGGUUUAUCAGUUCUUUGUGAAAAAGUGCAUUGUCGAACAUCGGAUAUUUUAAAAGUUGAACUUAAUCAUGGUGGAAUUUUGGUUGGUAGACAUUUAACAUCACAUAACGGUCGACAUGUGCGGGCAUUUAUGGGAAUACCCUAUGCGGAGCCACCUGUUGGUGAAUUAAGAUUCAAACCCCCAGUUCCAAAAGCACCAUGGUCAGGUGAAAAACUCGUAACCCGUGACUCCCCAAUAUGUAUCCAAAGAGAUCCCUUCCGCCGAGAUGAAUUAAUCGAAGGCAGUGAGGAUUGUCUUUACAUCAAUGUAUACAUUCCAGAGAAACCUCGUAAAUCUGGCCCACUGCCAGUCAUGAUAUUCUUCCAUGGAGGAGGUUGGGAAUGUGGUUCCGGAAUAAGUGCAUUUUAUGGACCAGAUUUCUUAAUGGAUCAUGAUGUAGUCUAUGUGAGUGGAAAUUUCCGUUUAGGUCCACUCGGAUUUCUCAGUACGGAAACAACAGAUUGCCCCGGUAACAAUGGGCUCAAGGAUCAGUUAUUAAUUUUAAAAUGGGUACAAAGUAAUAUCGCUGCAUUUGGCGGCAAUCCAGAUAUGGUAACAAUUUUUGGAGAAAGUGCUGGAGGCGCUAGUGUCACGUACCAUAUGAUGUCUGAAAAAUCGAAGGGCUUAUUCCACAAGGGUAUUUCACAAUCGGGAACUUACUUUAAUCCAUGGGCCCAACCUGCACACAAAGGUGUAGCUGCAUCUCGAGCUAAACGCUUAGCUAAUAUGCUUAAUUGUGAUAAGGGCGAUUGGUCAGAUAUUCUUAGUUGUUUGAGACAAAGAUCAGCCAGUGAUAUCACAGCAACGGUCUAUGAAUUCUUUGAAUGGGACUACGAUCCAAUGAUUCCAUUUCCUCCAGUUGUCGAGCCUGAUAGCCCUGAUGCAUUUUUAACAGCUCUCCCGAGAAGUGAAGAACUUCCUCAUGGUUUUAAACUGCCAUGGAUGGCAGGAGCAACUUCCGAAGAAGGUGCUUUGAAGACAGCUGGUCUGUUAAAUAUUCCAGGAUUAUUGGACGAAUUCAAGUUGAAGUUCAAUGACGUUCUUCCUAUAAUUCUCAAUUACGAUCAUCAUCCAAAAGACGUUCAAAGACGAAUUACAGAUAGGAUCGAUAAAUUCUACUUUAAUCGAUUGCAUGAUUUUGACAAAAAGAACCAUCAAAAUCUGACAAAUCUCAUGACUGAUGGAUGGUUCACUGCUGGAUUAGAUGAAUACCUUCGAUUGCGCGUUGAUGCUAUUACAAAACAGAAAACUUCUGUCGGACCAACCUACGUGUAUUUGUUUGACCAUAAAGGUGCAGCUAGUUUUACAGAAAUCUUUGAAGGCGGAAAGGAAGACUAUUAUGGUGUUUGUCAUGCCGAAGAACUUCAAUAUUUAUUCCCAAUCGGAAGGGAAUUGUUUGUGACAGCGUCACCAACCAAUGAAGAUCUCCAAAUCCGUGAAACCUUACAAACUAUGUGGGUAAAUUUUGCAUGGUAUAGUGAUCCUACUCCAAAUUCAUCCGAUCUGCCAAAAUGGAAUCCAACUGAAAAAUAUCCUGUGAGUUUCGUGCGAAUUGGAAAUCAAGACGACGAAAAUUGGAAACUUCUCAGCUUUGAAGAAGGCCUUUUACAAGAACGAGUAGACUUUUGGAAUGAUCUUAAACCUCAUGUCCCAGCUAAUGUAUUUAAAGAUGAGCUUUAGUUUAUGUAUACAUUUAAACCUAUAGUAAAAGCAUCAUGUGAAGUUUCGUGUAGUUACUUAAGUAUUAAUUCUCUAUGCAACUUUCAUUGUAGAUUAUUUUAUUUUCAUCCAACAAAUUGUUUAGUUAUUAUAGUAACUUUAAGCCACUUGCAAUAGAGUCUUUUGACAUUAGUCUAUAAUGUAUUUAGCAUAAUAUAAUAAGUGCUCUCUAUA